AUGGGUUAUAGGCCGUGUUUGGAUUUCAGUGAGAAAUACAGUAAGGAAAGUAGUGAGAUUGUUAAGGACAUGACAAAAUAUUUGAUGGUGGUGGUUUCAGGAUGGAUGAAUCAACAGAGAAAUCAGAUUGUUGAUGUUGUUGUGAUUGCAAGAAUUCUUGGGGCUGCUCUUGUCGUGCCCAUCUUGCAAAAUGGUUUGGCAAAUGAUGUUAGAAUAGUUUGGUCGCUUCCUUCUGCGCAUUUGAUGGCCUCGGAGAAAAGAACUCCACUUCAUGCUUCUCUCGAGUGGAUUCGCUCACGCUAUCUUAAGCGGUUAAGUACUGUGAGAAAUGGUGAAAAAGAUGGGAAAAAUUAUGAGAAUAGUGAGUUUUGGAAGCAGCCUGAUGGGAUGGGUUAUAGGCCGUGUUUGGAUUUCAGUGAGAAAUAUAGUAAGGAAAGUGAUGAGAUUGUUAAGGACAAGACAAAAUAUUUGAUGGUGGUGGUUUCAGGAGGGAUGAAUCAACAGAGAAAUCAGACUAUUGAUGCUGUUGUGAUUGCAAGAAUUCUUGGGGCUGCUCUUGUUGUGCCCAUCUUGCAAGUUAAUGUCAUCUGGGGUGAUGAAAGGCGGAAGGCCUCACAAUCCUUGGACGAAUCUUCUAAGAAAGAUUUUAAUGCAUAG